ACGACUUCUCAACUCUGGUGUCUGGUGUGGUCUCUUCACACUCCGUGCUAAAACCCUAAACCUCGCCGACGGCCACCGCCAUGGCGGCCCCCACCAGGCGCCCCGGCUUCCUCCGUGAGGUCGAGCUCCGCCUCCUCCGCUGCACCCUCCCCUCGCCGCCCUCGACCUCGCCACCAACACCUCCUCCUUCCCCUGCGCACCCGCUCGGUGCCGCCGCCGCCUCAGCGCUCGCCGCCGUCGAGGACGGCGACUACGAGGCAGCUCUCGCCGCCGCCGCAUCGCACCUCCUCCCGGCCUCCGCCUCCUCCGGGCCGCCCGACUCCGCCGCUCAGUUCUACGCCGACCUGGCAGCUGCCGCUCAGGCCUUCCUGCGCGGGGAUGGGGACGUGGAAGCCGUCGGAGAGGGUUUCGAGUGCAGGUGCGCGGUUGUGCUCUCCGCCGCGGUGGCUGCGCUGCUAGCAUUCACGCAGCAGAACGUGACUGGGCCUCCAAAGAAGUUUUCCACUUUUCCUUGCUGGACUUCAUCUUUAGAUGAAGGAUGCUACAGUAAUAUUGGAGGCAUAUGGGAUGCCUGGGCUUCUGCUAAUUUAGCUUCUUUUGGUUCUCAUGUUCAUGGGAAAUUUUCACUCUUGCAGUUCAUUGUCUUUGCAGAGCUUUUGUUAACCAGCAUAUGGAAUCUGGAUAUCUCUGAUUGCUGGAGUGUGUCAUGGUGGUUGUUUAGAAUAUCAAUGCUCCUGCAGAACAUUUUAGAUGAGUUGUCGUCGUCAUUGUUUGAUCAAGUGCAAGUGUACAAGAAUAAGAUGUUGGGCUAUUUUGGUGAACUGGAAAAGGUUUCUACCUACUGGGAUUCUUUAUUGUUUGAUGGAGAAGGCUCUUAUUUUGUUUCAGCUGCUUUCUUAGAGGCUGGAAUCGUGGAAUACAAAUAUGGUCGUGUUGAUGCUUCAAGGUUACAUCUGGAUAGCGCACAAGAAGCAUGUGACCUACAGCUCUCCCUUACAGGGAUUCUUGGCUUUCGAACAAUACACCAGGUGGAUGCAAAGUCUCAAAUGGUGCUUGUUGCUAAGACCAAUAAAUCAGGAUCCGAUGAAGGACAAGCUACAGAACCCACAGUAGCUCUGAAUGACAAUGCAGCUUUAAAAAACACAAGGAGCUCUGUUCCUGUUGAAAGUGAUGAAUUCUGUGUCAUUCUAAGAACGCCCAGACUGCUGCAUGAUGGUAGCAAUUCCGCCAGUGAGAAUAAGACAGGCCCCAGUGCAAAUAUACCACUAUCGGCUAUCCAGCAGGCUGCUGUAGUUGCACAAUGCUUGCAUGUGAGCCGAAGGAGUCGAAGUGAUGAAAUGUCUGGGAUCUGGGCGACAAAGACGACAAAGAUAGCUUCGAUUGGCAUACUUCAUAAAUUAUUUAAAAUGUUUUUUGUGAAGGCAUGAUGUAUUGAUGUGACAUGUUUGCUGAGUUCUUUUUUUCACAUAUAUGCAUGGAAUUUAGUUUGUUCUUAUGCAAAGGCAAUUGAAAUUCUGAAUGAAAAACGACAGCGUCUAUGUUUUUCUUUUGUUCCA